CAUCAGGGAGGCAGGCAGGCAAAGCGAUCAAGCAGGUGGGCUGGGGUUGGGCUUGGGCUUGGGCUGCUGCGGGGAGGCAGGCAAGGCAAAGCCAGGCGAGGCGGGGGCAGGGCAGGGGCUGGGGCUGGGGCGGUGCUGGGGCUGGGGCUGGAGUCCUUUGUGUUCCGUGAGCAGCAGCGAGGUAGCGAGCGAGCGAAGAGCGAGCGAUCUUCAGGAGGAAGGAGAGGCCAAUGUGUCUUUGAGCGGGGCGACACCCUCUCUCGUAUCUCCCGCAGCGGAGCGGAGGGUGUGAGUUUUGUGGAUGUUUCGAGGAGAGGGGCGAGGAGGGGGGCGAGGAGUAGAGUAGAGGGAUUGACGAGGGAUUGGAGGGAUUGACGACGAGAGGACGACGCGCGCGCGGUGGUGGAUCUGUUGGUUUGUCGGCAAGGGCACGCAAGCGCAGGAGCACGAGGAGGACGGAGGAGAAGGGGGCGAGGAGAUACAAAAGAAGACGAGCGAGCACGGAUCGGGAGUGUUUAUUUUAUUAUUUGGGCGGAGGAGGAGGAGGAGGAGGAGGAGGAGGAUUAGCGCUCGAGAGUUGAGGAGGUCGGUCGGAGGACGAGGAGCGAGAGGAGGAGGAGGAGGCGUGGUGGUGAAAGAGCUUUGGACUCGCACGGAGGGCGGCUGGCUGGACGGGAGGAGUUGUUGGAGAUUGUCGAGGAGGAGGAGGAGGAAGAAAGGCGACCAGCAGGAGGAGAGUCGUGGCUUGCAGCGCACGUCCGGAGUGCUCGAACGUCGAUUGCUGGCUCGCUCGUUCUCGUGGAAGAAAAUUGGUUUCUUCGGGGGUGGUUUGGACUCAAGAGGCGGACCAUUAUGCCGAAGGAUCCGAGCAGCCGAUCGUUACUGUCACCGAAAUCGCGAGGCACGCUGUGUAGACCGUAUCCCAGCCAGGGACGAGGAGUGGCGCAGGGAAGCUCGUCGAAAGAAGGCGAGGAGGCGGCGAAGAAGGAUUGGGAGGAGUCGACAUGUCCGAUUUGCAUGGAGUACCCGCACAAUGCCGUGCUGCUCAUGUGCAGCUCGCACGACAAGGGCUGCCGCCCCUACAUGUGUGACACGAGCUACCGCCAUUCCAAUUGCCUCGACCAGUACAGGAAGGCCAAGACCGCAACCGAUAAGCUAACCGACCGCGCGUCCGAGGCCACCAUCGAGAGCGUCGCGGGGGUGCCCGUGAGCGUGGCCGAGGGCGGCGUGGGCGACGAGGGCUUGGGGGUGGGCGUGGGCGGCCACCGGCACACGUUCAGGCCCUUCGGGGCAGCGCUGCGGGGGCUGAUGCGCCGCGAGGAGGCGCUGGGCGGACUGCCCCUGCCCCUCGAGAGAGGAGGCGUCGGGGGCACGAUUCUGCGCUCGGCGCAAGCGCUAGCGCCCCCGAGGCCACCCCGGGAGAGGGCGGUAGUCCGGGGCUUCCCGCCGCGAGAUCCGCUUCCCGGCCCGGAGAGGCUGGGCGGUGCGGAGCUGCUGCUGCCCGAGGGGAGUGCGGGGUUGGGCUUAGAGAGGCCCGUGCUGGAGCUGGGGCUGGGCGAGGCGAGGGCGUCGGAAGGGGCAGGGGUUGGGGUAGGGGCAGCAGGCGCGGAGCCCGGGGCGGAAUUGGCCGACCUGCUGUGCCCGCUGUGCCGGGGCAAGGUGUUCGGGUGGACGGUGGUGGAGCCGGCCAGGCACCAGCUCAAUCGCAAGCCCCGGAGCUGCGCGCAGGAGGCCUGCGGGUUCACGGGCAAUUACAAGGAGCUGCGCGAGCACGCGCGGGCCGUGCACCCGACGGCCAGGCCCUCGGACAUCGACCCCGUGCGGCAGCGCGACUGGCGACGGUUAGAGCGGCAGCGAGAUCUGGGCGACGUGCUGAGCACCAUCCGGUCGGCCAUGCCGGGCGCCACCGUGCUGGGCGACUAUGUGAUCGAGGACGAGGAGGAGGAGCACGAGGACGACGGCGAGGACAGCGACUUCCCGGGCGACGACGGCAAUUGGUGGACCGUGUUCCUGCUCUUCCAGGUCUUCGGCCCCGCUGCCCCCUUCGCCGGCGGCCGGGGCUUCCCCGGGCGCACCAGCCGCCUCACUCGCGGCCCCGGCAACCCCAUGAUGCGCCAAGCGCUCUGGGGCGAGACCUUCCAAGGCAAUGGCCUCGGCGCUGCCGUCGCCAAUCACACCGGCAGCACUGUAAAUGUUAGCGAAGGCAAUCUAGGCUCCACCAGCCGCAGGCGCAGGAGUCGACCACGGUCCAGAGGCGAUAUUUUAUGAUGAUGAUGAUGCUGUCGAUCCCCCGACUCGACUCGACUCGACUCGACUCGACUCCCCCAAUGCUCCUCCUCACCAUCCUCUUCCUUUCAUAUUUGCUACGUGCCAAUUGUUGUGCCGAGAUACUGGUCCGGAUACUGCCGAGUAGACGCAGUAUGCUUGCGCUGCAGCACGAUCGACGGGCCUCAGAAUUUUCUGUAGAGUAUUGAGGCUAAAACUCUGUAUAAAUCCCUACCAGAGCUCGAUUUUUUGAGUUUUACGAAGCUUUAAGAGUUGAGGGAUGAUUCUUUUGGUAGGUCUGUAUAGAUGAUCCUUGUGAUUAUGGUCACAAGAACGAGUUGUCAGAAGCAAAAGCUGAUGGAGGCACUCAAAUUUAAGUUGAUAUGGCUUCUGAGGCCGCUAUCUGCUCCGGCCUUUCAUCCUCAUAUUAGUGGCCUCAUCUAAACCUCUAUGUCACGGAAUCUGGGCCUUCGGCAAAUGGCUGCCUGCGAUUUCGGAUCUUCAGGCACGACCCGGUGCGGAUCAGGUGCAUCGCCACUGACUUUGAGGUAAAGCGGAGGUGAGUAGCUCCUGCUGAUUUUGAGGAUUCGCCUGCUUGGCACCUGUCUUUUUUCUCCAAUUAUCAUCCGAGCGCCGCAGCCAGCACAACACUGUCGAUAAGUGCUCGGCUUCGAGCGCGCGAGGUGCACGAUGUCGUGAGUCAGAAGUAUGCACAGCCGCCCGUGUGUGAGUUCUGCCGUCAGUAGCCAGGAACAAAGUUCACAUUUUGGUGUCACUGAUAGCAAUCAGACGUCGAUUGGUUUGUCACGCAUAUCCGCUGGUCACCUCACCUUCCUGGGCAAGUGUGGCACAAUAAGUAAGUGCACAAACUUAUCGUCGAUCGAACAAUUUAGAACGUGAAGCUCUCCAAUUGCCUAUUUGUACUUGACAUGUGAUGGGCAGUUAAGAUGUCCAAUCAACUCAUUUGAAGCGCACCAGUGUCUAGAGCGCGUUUUACUGUCGAAUGAUUGUUGAUUGGGGUUUCUCGUCGUCUCCCGUCUGAAUGCCCAUCACGCAGACCCGCCUCGUCUUAGUCGUCUAGCAGGGGCAUAUGUUCGAUUGGGGAGCUCUCACACCACCACAGAUCUUAGGAAAAGCCUCCACAGCUGAGAAUUUUAUGUUCGCGAGCUGACUAUGGAUCUUGUAACUCUGCAAGAAAUCUUGUCGGCAGCAGAGAAAUAGAAAAGUAGCGAAGAAAGUAAUGGUGUCGAUUGCGUGGACGGGAUCUGCUGUCCAAGCGAUGUGAUGCACUCUGAGACACGUCGGCGGCCGUUCAUGAACCUGAAGGUCGUUAAAGAAGGUGUGUCUGUCUGUCUGAGAGAAAAGUGAAUGCAUCGCAGUCUGGGCUCCAUCGAGAACUACGCUUCAAGUGAAGGAUGUCGGUCAAUCACGGAAGUCUGAACGCCCCUAGGGUUGUGGUAGUUGCAUCAUUCCCUUCUCCGGUGGCUGAAAAAUCACGAGGCAUGUUUCGAAGUUCCCAGGGAGAAUAUGUAAAUUGCAUCUCACCAUACUCUGGUGAAGGAAAACAUUAACAGGCUCCGAAGAGAAGGGGCGGAAACAAUCAUGUCCCUACUAUAUGCCGAAAAUAAUAUAACAACGAACUGUUAAAAUGAAUGAAAGGAAACAAAUUUAAAUUUUGCGAAGUGAGAUUGCAUGCACUCAGUAAUCAAACAAAAAUCUUCUACGAUGGAACUGGCACACCUCAUCACUACACCGUUCCAGCUCAGACUGAAAUGAAGCCAUCACAUCACUACUCAGUGAAGAGUGAGUAAUAAUACUGUCUGCAUCAAGAACUACAUAAAUGGCGCAAUAGAUCAAUGCGCUCAUGCGAAGAGAAGCACUGCACCGAAAGGACCGGCCUGUCAACGACAACGUUCCAUUUUCGCGAACACUCGUGAUGGUUAUCGACUGCAUCAAAAGUGUUCGAACAGCUACUGGAAGAACAAAUGUCCGUCACGUUUUCAGCGCAAGCAGAUUGAAAAGCUCAAAUCACCAUUCACACUAGAUGUCUAUCAUUCUGUCCCUUUUCAUCUACUUUACAGGUGCAUGACAUACAUGUGACCAUACAUGUGCAGUUAUAAAUCAUCAUGAAACUGUAGCCACAUAUUCACUUACUUCGGAAUAUUUCUCAUGGUCUUCCUUUGUGUAUUAUAGGUAUUCAAAAUAAG